GGGAUAGAAGAAGGAAAACUAAGAUCGAGGAUAGGAGUUUUGAAAGAGAAGCGCCUCCAUCCAUUCAUGGCCGCUAUGAGCGAGAAGGAAGCUAUGGUGGAUCCUUUUCUGGUCGAGGCUCUUCAGAACCCUCGUCAUCGUCUCACCAUUUUGCGUAUGGAGCUAGACAUACAGAAGUUCUUUCAAAGUCCAGAGCAGCAACAGUUUGAGUUCCGGCCUUUUCCAACAUCGUAUCUUCGUCUCGCUGCUCACCGUGUUGCUCAGCACUACGGGCUAUUCACCACAGCUUUAGACAGUGGUGCUGUAGAUGGCUCAGGGAGCAGAAUCCUGGUGACAAAAACGGCGGAAAGUAGGUACCCAUUUGUCUGUUUGUCCGAGAUUCCCGUGAAGCAACCUGAGACUUAUGGUAGGCCUGAGGGUUUCAAAAUCGCCAUCAAGCCUAGACCCAACAGAGGGUCUGGUGGGCUGGGUAGUGGAUCAGGAGUAGAAAAGAAUCUCUUGAGAAGCGUUGAGGAGAGAAAAGAGGAGUACGAUAAAGCCCGGGCUCGCAUCUUCAACAGCCCUAGCAGUUCAGACUCUGAAGACUCUUCAACACGAGCUCCUCCUCCUCCGCUUCCUCUUGAAACGAAACAUAACAGUAGAUGCCCGACCAGAAAUGAGACCGAGAAUCUUGUUGAUGUUGAGAGGAAUGGUGUUAUGAGAGAGUCUGGACGGAUUUCUCGGGUUGCCAUUAUUAGAGAUAGAGAGAAGGAUCGUUAUGAUCCUGAUUAUGACCGGAACAGGUACGUGAGGGUUACGCCACCGGGACAAAACUUCAAUCCGAUACCUAUUCAGCUUCCGUUCCAUGAUGCGGUUUUCCCACCGAUGCCAAGAACUCAAGCCAGCAUAAACUAUGGACAUCCUUUAAACCGGGCUAUGAACGCUUUCUGUACACAAUCACUAAACCAACCUUCUAUUAACGCACCUGCUUAUACAGAGUGGCCUACUGCUUCAGAGGCACAUCUUUUCAGGCAUCACAAUCCCUGA